AUGGUUUUGAAAAGGGUUUAUCUUUUUGUUGUAUUAAUUUUAUUUUAUAUAUCAAUACCAUAUGCUGAUGCAGGAUGAUCUAAAACGUUGCAUAUAAAAUUACCAAAUGAAGAUGAUGAUUAUUUAGGAAAAUUAAUCAACAUUUUUAAUAAUAUAUGCACUUAUUCAUUAAAUAAUAAAAAGAAAAUUGCCAAAAUUAUAACAACAUCAUUACUUUCUGGGUACACUCUCAAUUCAUUGUACAACUCGGGUAUUACAUUUAAAAAGGAUCCACACUAUUCUUUAUUUUUCCCAUCAAAUGAAUAUAUUAAAAAUGUGUUUAAAAAAUUAAAAAAAAAUUAUGAAAUAAAAACGAAAUUAAAAAAAGACCAAAUAUUUGAAAGAGACAUAAUAUGCUAUGAUAAUCAAAGCAUAAAUAAUGUAGAAAUGUAUGUUCCCAACAAUUUAAAAAAAUUCCUGAAUUUUUUCCCUGACAAAUUAAAAGUGGCAUCACUAUAUAAUUUUUCAAAAUAUGAAGAAUUCAAAGAUUUCAAAAACCUAUUCAACUAUGUUAAGGUAAUGAAACAUCAAAAUGAUAUUUUUAUAUUUCAUGGAAAAUUAAAAAAAAAAUGUUGGAUACAUAUACCAAUGAAAUAUAAUAUUACGAAAUCUGAAACUGGUGAUAUUACCACUUUAACAAUUAUUCCAUUAUACAAAUAUUAUUCAGAUUAUGUUAUUGAAAUUCAAUUUGUGAAACAAAAUAAUAAUAUGAAGUUUAUCACAUCAAUUAAAUCAAAAGAAAAUAAUAAAAAAAAUACAAAUUUAUAUUAUAAAAAUAUAAUAAAAAAUAUAGCUAUGUAUUUUACAUAUGAUUUAUUUAAUGGAAUACAUAACAACCUAGAAAUAUUUUAUAAAAGAGGUGCAAAACUUCGUAAAAUUAGUUUUAUUAGACCAAACACCUUAUUAGCAAAAAAAAAUUCAAAAGGGACAUACCGUGCUCCAUUAUUUAAGCAUUAUAAGUUAAAAACAAAAAAAAUAUAA